UGCAGCAACUGCUCUCCACUUCAUAGCAUCCAUCAAGAAUUUCUUAAUGCAUUACAAGCACGCCAUCAAAACUCAUCUGCCAUGGGUUGGUCUAACGGACACUCAACCUCAUUCUCUUUGCCAACAACAAUCUACCGACAGCAGCAUUUAGAAGACUUGACACCCAUUGAUUGUGAUUUCCUAAACGAGCUAUUGAACAAUCAAAAAAGCAAUAAUACCAACAGCAACAAUAAGAAGAACAAGAUACUAUUAAUUGAUGUUAGAUCAUUUUCAUUCUAUUCCAAGAAUCGAAUUCAGUCUUCUAUUCAUAUAUCUAUUCCUUCCGUAUUAUUAAAACGUCCCUCUUAUACUUUGGAAAAGAUAUGUGAAGCGAUAACUGAACUGGAUCAUGCGCCUGAACGAUUUCGACAAGGAUGGCAAUCUGCGGAAUACAUCGUUUUUUAUGAUCACGCAUCUUAUAAACCGAGUGAUUCUGGUAACUCGGCGACUGCCAUUUUGUUAGGGUCCAAAUUGAGACAGUAUGGAUACAAGAAUCAACUAAAUUAUUUACAAGGAGGUUUUGAUAAAUUCAGUCAAUUCUAUCCAGAUCAAUGUCAGUUUGUACGACUUGAAUCAUUGAACAAAUCAAUGAAAAGACCCUCAUCAUCCACAUUAGAAUCGCCUAUGGUUAAGAAAGCGACCACGGCAGCAGCACAGGCAGCCACAACGACAAUACCUCGUCUCAUACCAGCCUUACCAACUUCUAUCCUCAUGCGACCGUCUUUUUUAUCAUCAUCAACCUAUCCUGCUAACGCUUCAGUGGCAGCAGAGUCAUCAUCCGUUCCUAAUGCUUCGAGGACCACCAUGAGCAAUCCUCAUAAUGUAAAUCCGUUUUUCGACAAUAUCAGGCAAAAUCUCGAAUUGUCGCAUGGCCCGCUCCAAGAAAGAUUCUCUAUUCGAUUACCCGAAGGCGUAGAAAAUAGAAAUGGAGCACUUCUUGUGCCCAAUAUUAGCAAUGCAUAUGAUAUGACUUCGCCGUUCAACGCAACUUCUCUUACUCCGCCUCUUUAUUUUCCUAGAUAUGGCUUGGGAGGCAGUUCAGUCGACUUUCAAGGCUAUUUUAUGUUGCCCAGUUGGUUAAAGGACGUAAUGCACCCUGAUCGAGGCCCUAGAAAACUAGCUCAAGCGUACGAGGAGCUGGAACGUACUGAACAAAAAAGGCUAUCGACCGUAAUGAAGUAUCAUUCCUCACAGCCUGCAGUUUGCUUAGGCAAUGUGCCCGAUCUCUCCAGAACAGAAACAACAAGUAAAGAUUAUUUUCCUUUCAGUAUCGUUUCCGGUAUCGAGAAAGGGGCAUUAAAUCGGUACAACAACAUUUGGCCUUACGAUUACUCGAGAGUUAAGCUUAAGUGUCUUACAAGUAACAAUGACAACAAAGAUGUCACUGGCGGGUCUCAACGUUGCGCAGACGACGACAAGUACAUCAACGCCAAUUACAUUCAAUUUGCCACUAUCAAAAGGAACAUUACACUAAGUUCUAUUUCCAAAUCACAGCAAGAAGUUCAGCUGGAAGAAGAUGGCUUACUUAGCGAAGCAUCUGUGCGCACGAUGAACCAACGUCACGUAGAAUUGAAGAGCAACCGGCGGUAUAUAUCUACACAAGGGCCCUUACCAACUACCUUUAAUUCUUUUUGGGAAAUGGUAUGGGCUGAAAAUACACAUGUAAUCGUUAUGCUGACGCAAGAGAUGGAAAUGAAUAAGAUCAAAUGCCAUCGAUAUUGGCCCUCCACAUUGAAUAAGCCUCAGCAAUAUGGCCCAUUUUCUAUCACUUUGUUAUCUGAGUCAACUGAGCUUGUUCAAUACAACUCAAAAGCCAGUUCUUUUAGCAGCAACGAUAGUACGCAGGAAGAUGAAGAUGACUGCAUUAUUAUCCGCAAAUUUCUUAUGACUUACAACGAUGGCCAUCAGUCAUCUUUGCAACAACGAAAUAUCACUCAACUUCAAUAUACCGGCUGGACAGAUUUUGGCGUUCCAGACCAUCCUGUGGGCUUGCUACAGCUUAUUCAUCUGACAGAUCAAUAUCAUAAGCGUAGCUGCCAGCAACCCAAUGAACCCGUCAUUGUCCAUUGCUCUGCAGGUUGCGGACGUUCAGGUGCUUUCUGUGUCAUUGAUACCAUGAUUCAACGUCUCUGUCAGGAGAAUGACCUUUACACAUCAAGUCGUGUGGACAAAAUACUAGAAACCAUCGGACGUUUCAGAGAACAGCGAAUGAGCAUGGUGCAGACCCACCGACAAUUCGUGUUUUGUUAUGAAGCUGUUUUAUGGUGGCUGUUAGGGUUUGGCUACUUACCAACGUCAUCGCCUCUAUCACCCUUGAUUGCUACUCAAGCACAUCAAUUACAACUACCUCAGCCACAACAGGUCAAGUUGCAAUCGGAGAAUAGAGAUGAUGAGGAUGAUAGCAGCGAUAACUCUAUUACAGCAACAAGCCCUGUUGCAACACCCUCUACAGAUGAAGGAAAUGCCUCCUUGUCUUCAUUAGGAAGUAUUGUUAAUGACUUUCAAACAUUGUAAAUAUUUAUUGUAAUUACAGUAGGAAUGGCUAGCAUGGAUGGUUGCCAUCACUAGUAAUGCUUAUAAUGCAUAUAGCUGUUUCUGCAGCGUAUUUAUUUUUUUUUCCUAUUAUGACACUUUUUUUAUUUAUUUUUCUUCUAAAGACAAGCUUAUACCGUUGUUUAUCCUAAGAGUGAACA